AUGUUCCCCUAUGUUUACUUUAUGGUUCGAGAUUUUGGUGUUGCGAAGGAAAAGGCAGACAUUGCAACCUACUCAGGUUACCUAUCGGGAUCUUUUGCCUUCUUCCAAUUUCUUUGCAGUGUGCAAUGGGGGUAUGCUAGUGAUCGAUUUGGCCGGAAACCAAUUUUGCUCAUUGGUCUUAUGGGCACGGCAUUAUCGAUGCUUCUAUUUGGGUUCUCUCGAAGCUUUGGUGAAGCUCUCUUUGCUAGAUCCUUAAUGGGUAUACUCAAUGGCAAUGUCGCAGUCCUUAGAACUACUGUUGGUGAAGUUGCUACAGAAAAACGACACCAGGCCACAGCCUUUUCGAUUAUUCCCUUAUUAUGGAACUUUGGUAGUAUUUUGGGACCUAUGUUAGGGGGUUCAAAGUAUCUCACGCGUCCUAAAGGUCUGGAAGUCGACUUCAAGGGUCCCGACUGGUACGAAAACUUCAUCACCAAAUAUCCUUAUGCUUUAUCUAACAUUUUAGUCGCUUCUUUGAUCAUGUUUAGUUGGUUGGUUGCCUUUCUCUUCCUCGAAGAGACUCUACCUAAGGCCAGAAAUCGUCGAGACAUUGGUUUAGAAAUUGGCAACUGGAUACUUGCCAAGUUAGGUUAUAAUGCUUCAAAGUCCAAAGACGAAGAGGCUGAAACGGAGGUUUUGAUUCCAGAUGGAGCUUCGACAACUGAUCAGCUGUCUUUCAACAGCGAAUACUCACUGAUUUUGAACCCCCGGGCAAACUACGCGUCAAUUGUGGGGGACGAUGAAGCAUUGAUAGAUGAUGAUGCUAGCAUUGAAAGUAUGGGACCAUUCAGCCGUCGCAUGUCUGAGGCACUUCUACGCCGUUACUCAAGCGAAAACCUUACGAUGUCGCGGAUGACUACACGUGAAGGUCGCAGAACCCUUUGGCAUGAGUUCAAGGAAGCUUUCACUCCAGCCGUCUCGCAAACGUUGACAGCCAACUUUUUGUUGUCCUUUCACACCAUUGUGUUUUCGGAAUUUUUGCCUGUGUUUCUCGCUGGCACUGCCAUGCCUGAGAAACUCAAGUUUCCCUGGAAGAUCGUGGGUGGUUUUGGUUAUGAUUCUAGCUCCAUUGGGACAUUACUUUCUACGACCGGACUCAUUGGCAGUCUCAAUAUCAUGAUAAUGUUCCCCUGGCUAGAUCGUAAGUUUUCAACUACGACGAAUUUUGCCGCUGCCUCCCUGGUGUUUCCCAUUAUCUAUGUGACCCUUCCAUUCUUAGUUUUUACGCUUCCAGGAUAUUCCACGUUGUUUCCCGAAGGAUUCACGCAAGUGGCAAUCUACGUUUUAUGUUUUGUUAAUGCCAUCGCGGUGUCACUUGGAUUCCCGAAUAUGUUAAUGUUGGUUCAUAGGUCUUCCCCCCCUCGCAAUCGUGCAUUCAUUAACGGAUUGGCUUUGAGUUUUUCUUCUCUCGCUCGGUGCGUUGGUCCAUUAGUUUGGGGUCACAUCAUGGCAUUCUCAGACAGAAUUGAGUUAGGUGGGUUGUCGUGGUACAUUCUUGCCGCGUUGUCGAUAGCCGUUGCAAUUCAGGCAUUCUGCAUGACUGACUACGAGGAUACUACAUAA